AUGUAUGCUCGGACUGAGGUUACAUCUACGAUUUCCACUUCAUCCUCGCAGAAUCUGGUCAUUUUGGGCGACUUGAACGCCGACCGCUCUUACCUUACCAAAGAGGCUCGGGACAAACUUCGUUUGAGAAAAGACAGUCGGCAUAAAUGGCGCAUUACAGAUGAUAUGGACACAACUGUAUCCGCCCAGAAAUGCUCCUACGACAGCCUGUGUCAUCGAACGAGGCUUCUUCUCCUUCUCUGUCCGCGGCAGACCAAUUUACGAAAUCUGGACCGAUCUCGCAUGCGCGGUGCCGUAGUUGCAGGCAUGAAUAAUGGCUAG